AUGUCUAUUUACAGAUAUAUUGCAAUAAAUAGCUGUGUUUAUCCAUUGUAUAUGGCUGACCGCUGUUUGGUAUUGACUAUCGAAGGGAUUGGUAAUCCCAAGAAGCUUCAUCCGCUACAAGAACGCCUUGCUUGUAUUCAAGGCACGCAGUGUGGAUUCUGCUAUCCCGGCUUUGUGAUGGCUGCCUAUGCCUUACUUCGCAAUAACCCAUCUCCUAGCCUACACGAUAUUAAUCAAGCAAUCAAAGGUAGGUGCUUUUCCACAAUAGAGUAA